AGAGCUAGCCAUGCUGUAGCGGCUAUCUCCUCUCUUCACCUUUGCUAUUUGCAGGAGAUUAGCGUAGACGAAAGCGGUACUACCCGCGGGUACAUAUGGAUAGAGAAGGUGAGAUGGAGAUGAAAGAGGAAGCAGAGGCGCCGCCAGGAGUGGAAGCGACGGGCGCCCCGUCUCGUUUCAGGAGGAUAUGCGUCUUCUGCGGGAGCAGCAAGGGCAAGAAGACGAGCUACCAGGAUGCCGCCGUUGAGCUUGGCCAGGAGCUGGUGGCAAGGAACAUUGAUCUGGUGUACGGGGGAGGGAGCGUGGGGCUGAUGGGCCUGGUCUCUCAAGCAGUCUACAGCGGAGGGAGGCAUGUCAUUGGGGUGAUUCCCAAGACCCUUAUGCCUAGAGAGAUAACAGGCGAGACAGUGGGGGAGGUGAAGGAAGUGGGCGAUAUGCACCAAAGGAAGGCUGAGAUGGCCAGGCAAUCUGAUGCAUUUAUAGCGCUCCCUGGGGGGUAUGGAACGCUCGAAGAGCUUCUAGAAGUAAUCACCUGGGCCCAGCUCGGCAUUCACGACAAGCCGGUCGGGCUGCUAAACGUGGACGGCUACUACAACGCCCUGCUGUCGUUCAUCGACAAGGCCGUGGAGGAAGGGUUCAUCAAGCCCACCGCUCGCCACAUCAUCGUGCUGGCUCCCACGCCCAAGGAACUGCUCAACAAGCUGGAGGAGUACUCUCCUCGGCACGAGGAGGUCGUGCCCAAGAUGAAGUGGGAGACGGAAUUGCAGCUCUGCAGAUGCAAGAACUGCGAGAUCCCUGGGCUGAUGAAAGAAGGCGCGGCGGCGAUCAUCCCGGCGCAGCGUGGAAGCAUGCUGUGAGUUCAGGAUCUGCAGAGAGCUCUGAACUUGUCGCGGCCAGUGGGUGUACUAUAUAUGAGCACUACGAGAUGACAUUGCUUUGUUUCUGUUUCAGUUCAUGUAACUUUGGGUAGAAGAGGCGCCUAAUGUUGUGAUUUGGGAGCUGUUGAUUGAUCAUUGAUCGGUAAUGUAAUUAGUAUGUAGUCGUGUAUUAUGUGCUGCGAAGUGUAGGGCUAAGAUUCAGAUGUUAUCGGUUGACGUGGAUUUUGUGUGCAUGCUAGUCGGUGAGGCGGAUGUUUCAAACAUGGGUACGUAUAUAUGAAGCCAUUUUUCAAAAAAUUAA